UAUAUUACUUAGGUUUUCUUAUAGUGGGAGAGAUCUAGCAGUUUUUUUAGUGGUAAGUGUGUUGUCACAGUCAGUUCACAGCUAGGAAAUCUGAGGAGCAGGGAGAUGGAGUGAUUUGCUCAAAGAAACUUGACUCAUGGAAGAGACAAACUCCCAUGUAUUCUGAAUCAUUAUUCACACAGGUGAAGUGAGCAAUAGAAAUUAGGUUAAAUAAGAUUUUUAUCUAUUAUUAUCAUCUGUUUAUUCUUGUGUAUUGCCUUUUCCUGUCUGGCUCUUUUUGGGGGACUUGACUGGGUUAAUGUACUCACUGCUGGGAUGUCACAUCAUCAAAGGAAAAUGUUACACUGGGCCAGAAAUGGGUGGCUGCUUCCAAGAAAAGAGGCAGAAGCCACUAGGAGGGCAGGAGGGAGAACAUCUCCUGCUUUGGUCAGGAAACUUCCAUGCUAGAAUAUUGUCACCUCCAGUUCAUCAUUCAGCAAUAUCUGAUGCUUCAAAGACUUGAGCAGCUCUUUCUGCCUUGAAUUGCCACAUAAGACAUCUUCAGCACUCUUUUACCAUGGAUUUCUCCUGGAUCUGUGCAGCACGAGCUCAGCAGAGCCUGCUCUAGCCUAAGAACGGGCCAAGUCAAAACAACCAAGAUGACGAACGAACCCAUCAAAGAGAUCCUGGGCACCCCAAAGCACCCCGAUUCUGUACCCCCAGAGAAGAGUAACAACAAUGACUGUGUGAUAACCACCAUUCCUCUGGUCAGUGAGUGCCAGCUGACGGCAGCCACGGGGGGAGCAGAGCUCUCCUGCUACCGCUGCACCAUUCCCUUCGGCGUGGUCAUCCUGAUCGCCGGCGUCGUGGUCACUGCCGUGGCGUACAUCUUCAACUCCCAUGGAUCCAUCAUCUCUGUCUUCGGGCUGGUCCUCUUGUCCUCGGGACUCGUUCUGCUGGCUUCCAGCGCCGUGUGCUGGAAGAUCAGGCAGCACAAGAAGAAAGCAAAGAGGCGGGAGAGCCAGACAGCGCUCGUGGCGAACCAGCGAACCUUGUUCGGUUAAAGGCAGCCAAGAGAAGGCUGGACAGAAGGCAGAACCUUUGUAAGUCAACUUGCCUAUUUAUCAGUAGGAAAGAUUGCAGGUUUUAAUUUAACUGUGGAAACAAACUGAAAUGAAAAUGGAAGGGAUUAAGAAAUACUUGUAGCAACUCUGCAAGUGCUCUCAAUAUAUUUCGUACUGCAGACUUGGUAGUGAUUCUUUCCAAGACAGAGGAAAACCCAUUUUUCCUUCACAGAAAACUGUGUCACAUAACUGCAACCAUCCUAACUGUGUUCUCCAACAUGCUGAUCGUGUUGGAAAGGGAAUGUGUGGGAACUGAGAAAAUAAUUUGAAUUGACUUGAAAUGCCAGAGGUCUCCUUAAAACACUGACAUUUGACCAAGGGAGAAGUCAUAGCAUUUGAAGUGACUACAAGCUUAUGGCCAGAGUAUCUGGGACUUAAACUGUAGCUAAAAAAAAAUAAAUUUAAAAAAAGCAAUAAGAACACAUUGAAAAUUUCUCAAUAAGCUGAUUUUUAUAUUUUAUGUAACUUACCCCUCCCAAUACUUGUGGUACUUUCCCCCUUUUUUAAACUAACUAAUAUUGAUUUUGUUUCACUAUUGAAUAGAAAUCAGUAGAAAUGUGUAAUGAUGUUGUUUAACCUAAAUAACAAGGUAUGAUCAUAGCUUAAAACAUGAGACUUUUUUGUAAAUUAAAGUGGUCAGGUUUAGCACUUUUGAUUAUUUUGCUAUAAAAUAAAAAAAUAAAUUUCAUUAAAAUAAUAA